AUGGUGAGGCAGUUGGUCUGGCAGCGGGCAGUGGCCGCUCGCAGGGUGUCAUGUUUUAAUACCCGACGAACUCUCGCAACUGCUGCGUCCAGCUCUCGCAUGCCCCCAUACCCCAAGAUCCUCCGCAACCUCGAAGAAGUGCGCCGUGUCCUCGGCUCUCAGCGCGCACUCACCCUCGCCGAGAAGAUAUUAUAUUCUCACUUAGACAACGUGGAGGAAUCCCUACUUUCCAAUACCAACAAUGGCCGUGAUAUUCGUGGCCAAGCGAACCUCAAACUCAAGCCGGAUCGCGUCGCCAUGCAAGACGCUUCCGCUCAAAUGGCUCUGUUGCAAUUCAUGUCCUGCAGUCUGCCGUCCACCGCUGUCCCCGCCAGUAUCCAUUGUGACCAUAUGAUUGUCGGAGAACGAGGUGCAGAGACCGAUUUACCUGCCUCUAUUCAGGGUAACAAGGAAGUCUUUGAUUUCUUAGAGUCCGCUGCUAAGCGCUACGGAAUUGAGUUUUGGCCACCCGGUGCUGGUAUUAUUCACCAGAAUGUUUUGGAAAACUACUCGGCUCCCGGUUUGAUGAUGCUUGGUACUGAUAGUCAUACCCCCAAUGCUGGAGGCUUGGGUGCUAUUGCUAUUGGUGUUGGUGGUGCUGAUGCCGUGGAUGCUUUGGUCGACGCACCCUGGGAAUUGAAGGCUCCUAAGAUUCUUGGGGUUAGACUGGAAGGUCAAUUGAGCGGAUGGACUUCUCCCAAGGAUAUUAUUUUGCAUCUUGCCGGUAAACUUACCGUUCGUGGUGGCACGGGUUUCGUUAUUGAAUAUCACGGCCCUGGUGUCGAUACUCUCAGCUGUACUGGCAUGGCUACUAUCUGCAACAUGGGCGCUGAAGUCGGUGCUACAACAUCUCUCUUCCCCUUCUCACCCAACCACGUUCCAUACCUUGAAUCCACCAACCGUGCUGCUGUUGCCGCCGCCGCUGCAGAAAUUGCCGCGGCUGGAUCUCAGAGUCUGUUGAGAGCUGAUAGCAAAGCUGAGUAUGACCAGUUGAUUACCAUCGAUUUGUCCACUCUUGAACCCCAUAUCAACGGACCUUUUACCCCCGAUUUGUCCGUCCCUCUUUCCAAGUUCGCCGAAACAGUCAAAGAGAACAAAUGGCCCGAGACAUUCGGCGCUGGACUUAUUGGAAGCUGCACAAACAGCUCUUACGAGGAUAUGACUCGUGCCGAAGAUUUGGUCAAGCAGGCUUCCGCAGCUGGUUUGAAACCCAAGGCUGAUUUUUUCGUUACACCCGGUAGCGAGCAGAUUCGCGCUACUCUCGAACGUGAUCAGACAUUGUCUACCUUCUCUGCAGCCGGCGGCACCGUCUUGGCCAAUGCAUGUGGUCCUUGCAUCGGUCAAUGGAAGCGUACAGAUGGAGUCCAAAAGGGCGAAGACAACGCCAUCUUGACUUCGUACAACCGUAACUUCCCUGGUCGUAACGACGGAAACCGACGAACCAUGAACUUUUUGGCAUCACCUGAUAUCGUUACUGCAAUGAGCUAUUCGGGAAGCACUACAUUCAACCCUAUGACCGACUCUAUUCCUACACCCGACGGUGGCUCAUUCCGUUUCCAGCCACCUGUUGGCUCUAGUCUGCCUAGCGCCGGGUUCGAGCAAGGUAACCCAGAUUUCCAACCUAGUGCUGCUGUACCUGAUCCUUCGGUGGAAGUGGUUGUUUCGCCUACUUCGGAGCGAUUGGCCAUCCUGGAGCCCUUUGCUCCGUUCCCGGAACGCGAGCUAUCAGGUCUCAAGGUCCUUUACAAGGUCAAGGGUCAAUGUACUACAGACACCAUUUCCGCCGCAGGACCUUGGCUCAAAUACAAGGGCCAUCUCCCCAAUAUCUCCGCCAACACUCUGAUUGGAGCCGUGAACGCCGAAACUGGAGAGACCAACGUCGCCUACGACGAAGCUGGAAAGCAGCACUCCAUUCCUGAGCUCGCUGAGCAAUGGAAGUCGCAGGGCAGUGAAUGGCUCGUUGUUGCCGAAGACAACUACGGAGAAGGCUCUGCCCGUGAACACGCCGCUCUCCAACCCCGCUACCUCGGCGGACGCAUCAUCGUCGCUAAGAGCUUCGCUCGUAUCCACGAAACCAACUUGAAGAAACAAGGUGUUGUCCCUCUUACAUUUGCCGAUCGCGCAGACUACGACCGCAUCAGUGCAUGCGAUCAAGUCGAUACGGUGGGAUUGUACGAUUUGUUGAAGGCUGGUGGUCAGGGCGAGGUCAGCCUCAAAGUAACAAAGCACAAGACUGGGGAGACGUUUACUAUUCCCGUCAAGCAUACGCUCAGCAAGGAUCAGUGUGGAUUCAUUCUUGCUGGAAGCGCAUUGAACUUGUUGGCCAAGAGGGGGCAAUAA